UGUGUGGUGACGCGAAGAUGGAGUAAGCUAGCUGGGCGUUCGGGCAAACGGGCACCGCUGUCACCAUGGACAGGACUUUCUGACCUCGCCGAAGCUUCAAUUGCAAUUUACGUGAGGCUGUGACCCCCCCAGGUGUGACCAUGUUGGCGCGUCUGUUCAGGCUCCACGGCCUGCUGGUGGCCUCCCACCCGUGGGAGGUCAUAGUGGGCACCCUGGCCCUCACUGUCUGCCUGGUGUCUAUGAACCACAACCUGGUCGCCAGCAGCCAGAUGUGCAACUGGAAUGAGUGCCCCAAAGUCGAGGAGAAAAUCUACAGCAGUGACGUGAUGAUCCUCACAAUCACGCGCUGCACGGCCAUCGUUUACAUCUAUUUCCAGUUCAGGAAUCUGCGACAACUGGGCUCCAAAUACAUCCUGGGUAUUGCCGGGUUGUUCACGGUGUUUUCCAGCUUUGUUUUCAGCACAGUGGUCAUCCACUUCUUUGGGAAAGAGCUAACGGGUCUUAAUGAAGCUCUGCCCUUCUUCCUCCUGCUCAUCGACCUGUCCAAAGCCUGUGCGUUGGCCAAAUUUGCCCUCAGCUCAAACUCUCAGGAGGAGGUGAGGGAGAACAUCUCCCGGGGCAUGGCCAUCCUGGGCCCCACCUUCACCCUGGACGCUCUGGUGGAGUGUCUGGUCAUUGGGACCGGCACCAUGUCGGGUCUGCCUCAGUUAGAGAUCAUGUGUUGUUUUGGCUGUAUGUCCGUCCUGGCCAAUUACUUUGUCUUCAUGACCUUCUUCCCUGCGUGUGUCUCCCUGGUCCUGGAGCUGUCCAGAGAAAGUCGCGAGGGCCGUCCAGUCUGGCAACUGAGCCACUUUGCCCGCGUGCUGGCCGAAGAAGAGGACAACAAGCCCAACCCGGUGACCCAGAGGGUCAAAAUCAUCAUGUCUCUGGGCCUGGCCUUGGUUCACGCUCACACUCGACUCGCAGCGGAGCAGCCGGGUCAGAAUCGCUCGUCGGAGGGACCCAUCGCGACGAGUCUGGACUCUGGCGGGACCAUGAGGCCGUUGAGGCUCACCAGCAUGGACCUGGAGCAGGUGAUCACUCUCGGUCUGGCCCUGCUGCUGGCUGUGAAGUACGUCUUCUUCGAGCAGACGGAGGCGGAGUCUUCCCUGUCCCUGAUGAGUCCCAUUAUCAGCUCUCCUCUGAAGCCCGCGGUGGCGGGGGACCGCUGCAGGAGGGACUCCCCCAAACCCCAGACAAUCGCGAGCGGCGCAUCAGCAACCGAUUCCCCCCCGCCGCCCGUCUCGGACCCGAAACGUCCCCCUGAGGCCGACGCGGCUCUCGGAGAGAAGGCGGCGCCGUCGGAGAGCUGCGGUCCCUCUUUCUCUCUUGCUCAGACGCCACCUGUUCCGGAGAGCAGCUGUAAGUCGGAGGCCCGGACGCUCGAGGAGUGUAUGGCCGUCCUCUCGGAUCCUCAGAGGGGACCCCGUUUCCUCAGCGACGAAGAGGUGAUGAACCUGGUCUCCUCGCGGAACAUCCUGAACUACAAGCUGGAAUCUGCCCUGGAGACUCCGGAGAGGGGCGUGGCCAUCAGGAGGGAAAUGCUGUCGCCCAAACUGCCCGUCCGGUCUGCGUUGGCUGCUCUUCCUUAUAAGGACUACGACUACUCUAAGGUGAUGGGGACCUGCUGUGAGAACGUGGUCGGCUACAUGCCGGUGCCAGUGGGAGUGGCCGGUCCUCUCCUAUUGGAUGAGAAGCCGUUUUACGUUCCUAUGGCAACCACCGAGGGCUGCCUGGUCGCCAGCACCAACAGGGGAUGCAGGGCGCUUUCCCUGAGCGGAGGUUGCCGCAGCAGGAUCCUGGCCGACGGCAUGACCAGGGGUCCCGUGGUGAGGCUGCCCUCGGCGUGCCGGGCCGCGGAGGUCAAAGUCUGGCUCGAGACCUCGGACGGAUUCGCCACGAUCCGAGAGGCUUUCGACCGGACCAGCAGGUUCGCCCGUCUGGAGAAGCUGCUGGUGGGCUUAGCCGGGAGGAACUUGUACAUCCGCCUUCAGUCCCAGACGGGAGACGCCAUGGGCAUGAACAUGCUCUCCAAGGGCACGGAGCAGGCGCUGCAGACGCUCCGGCAGCAGUAUCCAGAUGUGGAGGUGCUGUCGGUCAGCGGCAACUACUGCACCGACAAGAAGUCCGCCGCCAUCAACUGGAUCCUGGGUCGGGGGAAGUCCGCCGUGUGCGAGGCCACCAUUCCCGCCGACGUGGUCAGGGAGGUGCUGAAAAGCAGCGCCGCUUCUCUGGUGGAGCUGAACAUCAACAAGAACCUGGUGGGCUCGGCGAUGGCCGGCAGCAUCGGGGGCUUCAACGCCCACGCCGCCAACAUUGUGGCGGCCAUCUAUAUCGCCUGUGGACAGGACCCGGCUCAGACGGUGGGGAGCUCCAACUGCAUCACCCAGAUGGAGUUGGCCGGUCCGGAGGGGGCGGACCUGUACAUCAGCUGCACGAUGCCCUCCAUCGAGCUGGGCACCGUGGGGGGAGGCACCAACCUGGCGCCGCAGCAGGCCUGUCUGCAGAUGCUCGGCGUUCAGGGUACCAGUUCCGGCGAGCCGGGUGAGAACGCCCGUCAGCUGGCCCGCGUGGUGUGUGGCACGGUGCUGGCGGGGGAGCUCUCCCUGAUGGCCGCUCUGUCAGCCGGACACCUGGUCAAGAGCCACAUGGCCCACAACAGAUCCAAAAUCGACCUGAAGGAAGCGCCGUCGUCGGAGUCGGAGGCGGCAGCGUGACGAGUGUCGGGGUCCCGGAGGUCGAGGACGUCCUCGCGAUGAAGACCGCUCCCCGAAACACUUUUCUUCGGGCUGAGACGUCACGCUGCGGCUCCUCGUCCGAGCCGUCGGCCGGUCGCUGGACAUCUCCGCCGCCGUGUUUCUGAUGGGGGAACUGGUCUCUGAGUAGAAAGCCCUGAACAGACAUCCCGUGUGCCUCUUAAUGACUUAAUAUAUUUAUUUUUCAUCCGAAAUGCAUGAAGCGAUCUCCUCAAACAGCGACAAAUGGAUCUCUGCUCCCUUCCUGAUCGGAGUUCCUGUAUACCGUGUAUACUGCAGAGCGCUGUGGCCGGGAAGCAUCUGCCAACAGAGUCCGUCACAAAGUGACCGGUGUGAACUCGUGGCUACGGGCAGAUACAGGACCAAUGGGAACACUGGAAAAACCAAAGCCACACGGUCUGAUAUCCGCAGGUUGUGUUUUCCGUACCUGAACGCUUGGAUGUGGCCUUACAGUUCCUGGAUAGAAUAUUUAAUUUUAAGCUCUUCAUUUGAAAAGAUUGUUCUGUGUUUUCUUAUGAGAAUUAAAGUAUGUUACUUCUGAA